GUGUCGUGAUUGUCACUCGCUUAAUGAGCUUCUUUGCCAGGAGAGAGGCUUUGGCAGCAUAUGUCUCCCCUGUGCCUCCCAUAUGCAGCUCCGUGCACCAGCGACGCACAGACUCUUCCCCGGGUCCCUCUCGCCCCGCUCGUCUCUCUCCUCCUGUGCGUCUGCCCUGUGUGACGGAGGAAUGCUUUUUCCGGAGGCGCGAGGGAAGAGAGGAGAAUGAAGCGAAGUCCUGUCACGAGUCCAUCGCUACAACUGGAGUGAGAUGCACUGAGUGCUGGCCUGGCGUCAGUCUUUUCUUGCACGCAGCUCAGAGGGUGUGGCCAGUGAUGCGGUUGCCGUGGAGACUAGGUGUAGCCUUUCUUCUGGGGGCGUUCCUCAAUACCAGCUGUAGGCAGUUCACCAAUGCACUGGAUAUUCCACUGGAGGUUUUAGCUCACGUAAACCUUGAACAGCUGCCCUCCAUAACGGAGCAGUCUCCAGCCUCUCUGAUCGCUUUCCCCUUUGAUGAAAGCUUCACCGUGAAGUGCGAAGCCACAGGCAACCCUGAACCAGAAUUCAAAUGGACAAAGAAUGGGCAAGACUUUGAUCCCUAUCAGGACCCCAGGUUGAUAACCGAAGAAGAUUCUGGCACAUUCGUGAUUCCGAACAAUGGCAACCUCACAGAAUUCCAGGGCAGUUAUCGCUGCUACGCCUCCAACAAGCUUGGAACAGCCAUGUCCGAGGAAAUCGAAUUCGUUAUUCCCAAUGUUCCCAAGUUCCCAAAAGAGAAAAUUGAGCCAAUCGAGGUCGAAGAGGGUCAGCCAGUCAUUCUGGAAUGCAAUCCGCCCAAAGGAAUUCCACCACUGCAGAUCUACUGGAUGACCAUUGGUCUGCAGCACAUAGAGCAGGACGAGAGAGUGACCGUGGGCCUGAAUGGAAACCUGUACUUCUCCAACGCCGUUCAGAAGGACAGCCGGCGGGAUUACUGCUGCUUCGCCGCUUUCCCCCGCAUUCGCACCAUCGUCCAGAAGACAGCCAUGUCCGUCAUCGUUACCAGCACCAAGUCAGUGACCGACUCUGGGGGCGGGAGCUCUGCAAAUUCCAUUCUGGAGAGGAAGCCCAGUCUACUGUCGCCCUCUGGUGACCGCACGUACACACAUAUCGUGAAGGGAAAGGAACUGCUGUUAGAGUGCAUUGGUGAAGGAUACCCAACUCCGAAGAUUGAAUGGCUGAAGCUUCCUGACCGGGCCGUGGUGGAGAAUCAUGGCAAGCUCCUCACCAUAGACGAUGUGAAGGAAGGGGACGAAGGGAUAUACAUGUGCAAGGCUAAGAAUGCCCACGGAGAAGCUGUGCACUACUUCCAUGUGACGGUAGAAGAACCUCCUAAGUGGGAUGUAGAACCCAAGAGCCAGCUGAAUAUGAUCGGUGCUGAUGUCGUCAUCAAAUGUGCUGCAUCAGGCAAUCCGACCCCCACCGUGGCGUGGAGGGUAAAUGGACGUCCUCUCAAAGAGGUUCCAGCAGGUAACAGAAGAGGCUAUGACGACACGAUCUUCAUCCACAACGCCAGCCCUUCUGACAGUGCAGUUUACCAGUGUGAAGCCUCCAACCGACAUGGGACCAUACUGACCAAUGCGAACAUCAUGAUCAUGAACCUGCGGCCGUUGAUCCUGACAGAAGACGGUGUCCAGUACUCGGCGGUGGAGGAGAAGGGAGUGAUCAUGCACUGCAGAGUCUUCAGCUCUCCGCCCUCAGCCAUCAGCUGGAGUAAGGUGGACAGUGCCAGCCCGGUGGAGGGGUCGAGGUUCAGUGUGCAUGAGAACGGCUCGCUGGAGAUCCACGGUGUGGAGAGAGAGGAUGAGGGCGAGUACUCCUGCUUCGUCCAAAACACAGAGGGCAAAUCUGCCAUUACCGCCACGCUGGAGGUCAAAGCGCCCACCAGAAUAGUGAACCCUCCUCAAGACCUGCGCAUUCUGGUAGGAACCACAGCCCAGUUCUCGUGCCAGCCUGAGGUAGACCCAUCCUUCACUGAUGACUACGAGAUUAUCUGGGAGAAGGAUGGUGUGGCUCUCAAUGACAGCGAGAGCACAGGGUAUGUGGUGGAGGACGAGAUGCUUCAGAUCAUCAACGUGAGCUUCGGAGAUCAGGGUGUGUACAUUUGUGUGGCCAGGACUCCAGUGGACCAGGACUCUGCAGUGGCGCUGCUUACAGUACUGGAUGUGCCUGAACCCCCUGAGGAUGUGGUGCUGGCCGAACGUAAAAACAGGACCGUGAAGCUGAAAUGGAUCCCAGGAGAUGACCAUAACAGCACCAUCACCGAAUUCAUCGUUGAAUAUGAGGAGAGUCAGUGGCAACCCGGCAGUUGGAAGGAGCUGAUGCGAGUGCCUGGGAACCACCACUCAGCUUUACUGAAGCUCCACGGACACGUGGACUACAGCUUCCGCGUCUCGGCCAUCAACGAGGUGGGGAGAGGACGUCCCAGCGAAGCCAGAGAGAGAUACAGAACCCCGGCCUCAGCACCUGACAAGAACCCUGAAAAUAUCAGGAUCGAAGGUCAUUUGCCACAUGAAAUGGAUAUCAACUGGGAGCCGCUGCCCCCUAUUGAGCACAAUGGGCCCGGUUUAGAGUACAAAGUGAGCUACAGGCAGCAGGGUGUUGAGGAGGCCUGGCAGGAGCACAUGGUGAAGAGACACUCAUUUGUAGUGAAGAACACACCAACGUUCGUCCCAUAUGAGGUCAAGAUCCAGGCCAAGAACCGCGCUGGCUGGGCUCCGGAGCCCAAUACAGUAGUUGCCUACUCAGGAGAAGACUUUCCAUCAGCAGCUCCAGAUGACGUGGAGGUGGAGGUGAUGAACAACACCGUGGUGAAGGUCAGCUGGAGUCGCGUUCACAAGGACAAACUGCACGGACAUCUCGGAGGCUACAGGGUGAACUGGUGGCGGCUGCGCAGUCUGUUGGACUCGAGAAAGACGCAUGGCGAUAAACACAUGCUGAUGUUUCCCGGGGACAGAAACCAUGCGCUGGUUCCAGGGCUCCGGCCCUUCUCUGAAUACAGCCUCAUUGUCAUGGCCUUCAACGGACGAGGCAACGGACCAGGGAGCCAUCCGGUCACUUUCAAAACUCCAGAGGGAGUUCCAGACCAGGUUGCUCUUUUCAGGGCUAAAGAUAUUCAGAAGCACGCGGUCACACUUACCUGGUCUCCUCCGGUGGAGGCCAAUGGAUUUCUCACCGGCUAUAUCCUACAGUACCAGCUGAUUAACAACACGGAGGAAGUGGGGCCCCUCCUAUCUGUGGACAUCCCCAGCGCCGACACCACUAAGUGGCUCCUGCAGGACCUGGAGCCGGUGAGCCGCUACAGGUUCUACCUGCGCGGCUGCACUCGAGUGGGCUGCGGUCCAGCAGCCAGCGAGGAGUGCACCACCAUCCCUGAAGCACCUUCAACAGAUGUGCCCACUUUCAACAUCAGACAGUCCAGAACUCGUCCUCCUCCAAGAACGUCUACUGUCUCCCCCGUGGCUAAUGCCACAGUUCCUUCCAUAGUCCCGGCUGUGUUGAAUGUUAGUGCCUCAGUUAGUGACAACUUUGCAAAUAUCAGCUGGAUUCCGGGGAAGGAACGAACGGAUUCAGAGUUAUAUGUUGCAUACAUGAACAACCGUAAAGGUAACUGGAAGAUAUCUGAGGCGGUUAACUCCUCUAAGACUUUCCUGGUCAUUGAGGAGCUGGAGCCCGGGACAGAAUAUACUGUACGGCUUAUGACUAACCACUGGCUUGAUAAUUCUAGCAUUUUUGAAGACGUUAUCAGGACCAGGGCCAAAGGUUUGGCCAGCAUCCACGGAGGCAUCUCCAACCAGGGUUGGUUCAUCGGGCUGAUGUGUGCUGUGGCCCUGCUGACUCUCAUCGUGCUCAUCGCCUGCUUUGUGAACAGGAACAAAGGAGGGAAGUACUCAGUGAAAGAGAAGGAGGACCUCCAUCCCGACUUGGAGUCUCAAGGGAUGAACGAUGACACGUUCUGUGAAUACAGCGACAAUGAUGAGAAACCCCUGAAGGGCAGCCAGCACUCCCUGGCAGGGGACACGAAGGGAGGGGACAGCGGGGACAGCAUGGUCGACUACGGCGACGAGGACGCGCACUUCAACGAGGACGGCUCUUUCAUCGGCGAAUACGGCGGACGCAAGGAGAGGGCCUCCGUGGAAAUCAAAGGAACCAAUCAGAGCACGGCGUGAGACGGCGGACAAAUUGCAUUUGGACAUCACGUAAAGAAAUUUGGCAGAAAGGAGGAACAAAAAGGGAACAAAAACAAAAUGACAUAAUCCACCCGAAGCGCUUUUUUCCAGAAAACGUGAGGUUUAAUGUUUCUCGUCAUCCAUGCUUGUUAUUUUUAAGGCUUAGUUUCGCACGUAUUGUAACAGAUCAGUCACCGUCAGCUGUGUAUAUACUUGCGUCGGGUGUUUCUUUUUGUAUUUGCAAAUCUGUCGAGACUUCGGAGCUGCUGGCGCUUUUGUUUUCUCCUUUCUUUUUGUAAAUGCGGCCUGCGUUUGUAAUCCUGAUGGAGGACGAGCGGAGAAAGGCAAAGGCUCCUGUCUUAAUUUGUUAUGCUCUGUGAGGUCUCCCUGUUCUUUCACAUCCAUCUCUACUUGUCAAGCAAGUUUUUCUGUGAGGGUAUAAACUUUGUGUUUUUGUAAUCAUGUUUUCUUCUCUGGUCAUUCGAGGCAAAUAUUAUUGACAUUUUAUAUUCAGAUACGCGUUCAUUAAAUGUGAUUUAAUAUGUGUACGAGAAAGUUGUUCAUUAAGUUAUUUCCCAUUUCUAAAGUGAGCAGACUAGAAGACAGAAGGUUGAGUUAUUAAGAAAUUAGAUUCAGACACUUGUUUUUCAAACAUAUCCAGUUCUGAUAACCACUGAUAACAAGCUACACCGACCCUUUCCAGUGCUCUGUACAGCACUCGGAGUCGUCUUGUGCCUGCCUCUGUUAAGUCGUUGGUGAUGUCCUGUUUGCUUUUUCACCACGUUCAUCACUGGGGCUUUAAGACAAGGUGUAAUUCAGAUAGACGCCCGGUCCUUCCAGGCAGAGGAGAAAAAUCACCUCCUCUGCUGCUUCUUGUAGCACAAUAUUGACCUCGCUUAUCCAGGAGACGGCUCGUUUUCUCAAAAUCUAUUAGUCUGUUUUUACUUCCUUUCCUAAAAUUUUGAAUUGACAUUUCAUAGUAAUGACUUAAUUUUGAAUUCGCUUCUUUUCUCACAAUAUCGACUUAGUAUCUCCAAAUAAUGACGUAUUUUCUCUAAAAUAUUGACCAAGUUUCUCCAAAAGAUGACUUGUUUUCUUAAAAUUGAUUUGUCUGAUUUUACUUUCUGAAAAAUUUGAAUUAGGAUUUCAUAAUAAUGACUACUUCCUCAAAAUAUGGACGUACGUCCUCCUAAUAAUGACUUAUUAUCUCAAAAUAUGAAUUAAGCAUCUCCAAAAGAUGGUUUGUUUUCUUAAAUUGACUUUGUAUCUCAAAGUAAUUGGCAGUUUUGUUCUUUUUGUUUUGUUUUUGUUAGUUUUUUUUUAUAUUCACCUAAUAACUCCAAACGAUGACUUACUUUCCUAGAAUUUUGACUUGGCGUUUUAUAAUAAUUACAAAUUUUCUCCAAAUUGACAAAAAUAAUGUGUCUGUAUUUUUAAAUAUGGACCUUAUCAUUUCAAACAAUGGCUUUCGUAAUAAUGACGUAAUUUCUCAAAAUAUUGGUAUCUCUUAAAAACUUACGUUCUUGAGGUGUUGAGAUACAAUGUCGAAAUAACGAGGCAGGAGUAAAGACGUCGGGAAAGUAAGCAGUUGUUUUGAGAAGUCAUUAUCAUGAGAAACUAAGUCAUGAGUUUGAGAUAGAAAGUCAUUAUCUUGACAGUAAGUGAUGCUUUGAUGAAACAUUAUUUCAUUAUUUCAUCAUAGUCAUUAUUUUGAGGUAUUAAGUACAUUUUUCUCUCCUGCCUGGCAGAAAAGAGCUUCGUUUAAUUCCACCUCAGGGUCAGAAUGAACACAGUUUUAGGUAAAGACCACGUUUUAUCUAGAUUAAGUUUCUAGUGAUCAUAACUCGGUGAGCAACACCAACACGGACUGAGCCAACGAGUCCUUAUUCCUGGCAAGCUUUCUGAUUCUAAACAAGAUAAUAAAUGUGCCAUUGGAUGCUUGUGUUUUGCCUUGAUCUAACAGAUUAUGGAUUAGGUAAUGAUUUGGACUGUUCUAAGUUAAACCCACACAGCACAUUCUGAAUAGCAUCGGGCAGCUUCUCUGUACCAACAUGUUUGUGUUUGCAUGUUUAUGGUUGUUGAAUGACGUUUGUGUGCAGAUUUGACAUUAAAUUUUAUUACUUUUCUUCA